AUGUCUAAAUGGACUCCUGAAUGUAAUAUAGUUUAUACCCUAAAAGUGGAUAUGAAAAGUGGAGUUCCUUCUGAUGCACCAAAGAAAGAGGAGAGUCUGAAGGGGAUCUUGAACCCUGAGCCUGUUGGGGCAGCCAAAAGCUUCACUGCAGAAGUUGAGAUGAUUGCUGGUAAAGUAGGGAAUGAGUUCUCUCACUUAUGUGGUGAUUCUCAAAAGCAGAAGGACAUGGAUGGCGACCGGACAGACCAAGACAAAAGUAUUGUGGUGCGAAGAAAACGCAAGAGCCAGCAGGCUGGUCCUUCAUAUACUCAAACUUGUCCUCAUAAAGAAAACCAAGGAAUUUCAGCAUUAAGACAGUGUCUAGAAACACAGAGUGAAGACAAUGAUUCUUCUUUUAGUGAAUGUAUCUCUUCACCUUCAUCUAGCCUACACUUUGGAGACUCUGACACGGUGACAUCUGAUGAAGAAAAAGAUGGUCCUGUAAGACACCCUCAGGCAGUGUUGAAUACUACAAGUAGAACUCAUAGUGUAAGGUCCCAAAAGCGGCCUCGGACUGAGGCAGACUCUGAAUCUGGGUUAUUAACAAAAAGGCCCUGUAUUCACAGCAGUCCUGUAAGAAGACUUCCAUAUAGGAAGAGAUUUGUGAAAACAAAUUCGUCACAGCGGACACAGAACCAAAAAGAAAGAAUUUUAAUGCAGAGGAAAAAGCGGGAAGUGUUAGCUCGAAGAAAGUACGCUUUACUAACCAGCUCUAGCAGUUCCAGUGAGAAUGAUCUCAGUAGUGAAUCUUCUUCCGGUUCAUCUACUGAAGGGGAGGAAGACUUAUGUGUGUCAGCUGGUGAAAACCACCAGAGCAGUACACCUGUUCCUUCAGGAAGUAUUGAUGAAGAUGUUGUGGUGAUUGAAGGAUCCUCCACUCCCCAUGUCACUCAUAAUGAAGAAAUAAAUGUCACCUCAACAGAUAGUGAAGUGGAGAUUGUCACAGUUGGUGAAAGCUGCAGGUCUUGUUCAGCACUUGGACACACAAGAUCACACUGGGGACAAAGCUCUAGUUCUCAUGCCGCACGACCUCAAGAGCAGCGGAACCGCAGUAGGAUUUCCACAGUCAUACAGCCACUGAGACAGAAUGCAGCGGAAGUAGUGGACCUUACGGUGGAUGAAGAUGAGCUGACAGUUGUGCCAACCACGCCACCUAGAGUGGAGCCACAAGUCGCGAGUUACGCUUCCAGUAACAGUGCUAGUACGUCUACCUCAGAGCAGGCCUCUGAUGCAGCUCACACCGUCUCCAACAGCCAGCCCUCUGCAUCACCAGAGACAAGUGCUACUUUUCCCUCUGGCAGCACUGCUGGUACUUCAUCUGGAGAUGAUAUAAGAACAUCUGCAUCUAAUACAACACUGGAAACUGGCUCUCCGGCCAUGCCAAGGCUACCAUCAUGCUGCCCUCAGCAUUCUCCUUGUGGAGGACCUUCACAGACUCAUCAUGCAUUGGGGCACCCGCAUACAAGCUGCUUUCAGCAGCAUGGCCACCACUUUCAACAUCACCACCACCACCACCACAGCCCUCACCCAGCUGUUCCACUGUCUCCUCCGUUCAGUGACUCCAGCUGCCCUGUCGAAAGUUCUCCAGUGUCUGCACCUUGUGGAACAAGCAGCAGUUCUGGCAACAGUUAUCAUGAGCAGCAGGCAUUGCCGGUAGACUUAAGCAGCAGUGGUAUGAGAAGUCAUGGAAGUGGUGCUUUUCAUGGAACAUCUGCUUUUGACCCCUGCUGUCCUGGUUCUUCAUCUCGAACUGCAAUUUUUGGGCAUCAGGCUGGUGCUGGCCCAAGCCAAUCAAUAACAAUAGACGGAUAUGGAUCAAGUAUGGUUGCGCAGCCACAGCCCCAACCUUCUCCUCAGGCAUCGCUCCCUUCCUGUCGGCACUAUAUACAUUCUCCUUAUGCUUCUUUGGCCAGACCUCUUCACCAUCAAGCUUCUCCAUGUCCUCACUCUCAUGGUAAUCCUCCUCCACAGCCACAACCUCCGCCUCAAGUAGAUUAUGUCAUCCCUCAUCCAGUGCAUCCCUUCCAUCCUUCAAUCUCUUCUCAUGCAUCUUCUCAUCCUGUUCCACCUCCACCACCAACUCAUCCUUUAGCCAAUGCAACUGCUCCAAUACCACAGCAUCUUCCUGCAACGCACCAGCCUAUAUCCCAUCACAUCCCCACAACGGCAUCUCCAUCGCAGAGGCUACAUCCUCAUGAAGUGAUCCAGAGGAUGGAGGUCCAGAGAAGAAGAAUGAUGCAACACCCAACACGUGCUCAAGAACGGCCGCCACCACAUCCUCACAGAAUGCAUCCCAAUUAUGGUCAUGGACAUCACAUUCAUGUGCCUCAGACAAUGUCUUCCCUUCCUCGACAAGUUCCAGAGAGAACUGCCUGGGAGCUGGGAAUUGAAGCUGGUGUGGCUGCAGCUACUUUCCCUCACUUGGCCCACUUCCAUGCACCUCCUCGACUUCAUCACCUGCAAAUAGGGGCUCUUCCUCUAAUGGUACCAGACAUGGCGGGCUACCCUCACAUCCGUUACAUUUCAUCGGGAUUGGAUGGAACAGCAUUCAGAGGCCCUUUCAGGGGCAAUUUUGAGGAACUGAUUCACUUGGAGGAACGAUUAGGAAACAUUAACCGUGGAGCAACACAGGGAACUAUAGAAAGAUGCACAUACCCACAUAAAUACAAAAAGGUAACAACUGAUUGGUUCUCACAGAGGAAACUGCACUGCAAGCACAAUGGGGAGGAACGAACAGAAGAAGACACAGAGGAAAAGUGUACCAUCUGUUUGUCUAUGUUGGAGGAAGGUGAAGAUGUCAGGCGCCUUCCAUGUAUGCACCUUUUCCACCAAGUAUGUGUAGAUCAGUGGUUGAUUACUAACAAGAAGUGCCCCAUUUGCAGGGUGGACAUUGAGGCUCAACUGCCUAGUGAAAGUUGACACCACUUUCCAGAACUCUUGUCCUCCCUCUCACUCCCUCUCAUCCUUCCUGGUACUGCAGUCAACCAAAGAUGGCAUGACUUACCUGCGCAGAUUUGGAAACGUUGAACCUAGAGUGCUGGCUCUGCUAUAUGGUACAACUAAUGCUAGACCUACAGUUUAUGUAGAAGACAGCUGAGUUUCAGUAUAUUUAUAAAAGUUUUUUAGGUUUUACAUUUUGUUGUUCUUUGAAUUCAUUACUGUAUUUUUGCAUGGUUCCUUGUGUUGCAUUUAUUUGCACAUGUUAUGGGCUUUGUGACCCCAAACUUGCAGGCAAGAUUAGCUGCUUUAGUAAGUAGAGUUGUGUGGUCUUUUUUUGUUGUUUUUUCUUGGUUUGUUUUCCAUAGUAUUGAGCUUUGAGUGUAUGAUUCCACUCAUUACUAACCUCGGAUUCCUUAAUUUAAUCGAUCAUAUAUUUUAGUUUAAAUGUAUAAAGAACAUCUAGAAAAGGAUAAUAAUAUGUAUUGAGACAUUCCUUAACUAGGAAAAAAUGGCUGCUGUAUAUUUACAAUAUCA